AUGGCGGCCUUAGGCGCUGAGGUGCUGGGCGCGACCAUGUACCCGGCGUGCGCCCCCUGCGCACACCCGGUCCCCGGCCCGCUCGCCGCCCGCGGCAAGGCUGCUGCCGCCGCCGACGGCAGGUGCCUCCGCACCGGGGGCUCCUCGACCUCCGCCGCCGCCGCGCCGUCGUUCCCCGGCAGCGCGCAGCCCACGGCGGCAGACUCCCUCGACGGUUACCAGCGGGCUCAGCUCCUGGCGCUGCUGUCGCGGGUGAGUGCGGGCGUCGGGCGCGGCAGCCGCGAGGUGGCGGUGCAAGUGAACCCGCGCCGGGACGCAGCGGUGCAGUGCUCGCUCGGGCGCCGCCCGCUGCCGCGCCGGCCCCGCGACCCCGGCGCCCCGGCCUCCCCGCAGCCCGCGCGCCGGGGCCCCGAACCCGGCAGCCUUGUGGGCGGUGGCCCGCGGCUCGCGCGCUUCCCGCGCACCGUCGCCGUGUUCUCGCCCGUCCCCCACCGCCUCACCGCCUUUCUGGAGGCCGAGCGAAGGCCUCCAUUCGCGUGCCCUGGAGCACGAGAAGGGGAGGGAGAGGGGGCGGAGAGGAAGACGCCCCGGCUGCCGCAGGCAGAGAAAAACGGAGAGGAGGCGGCGGCCCUGGCGCGGGGCGCCCCGCAGGAGACACCCGUCGACGGGUCCGGGACGCCCGCGGAAUCCGGUGAGGACGCGGCGGCUCCGAAGCCCGCGCCCCAGCGUCAGCAGCUGCGCCCGGCAGCGGCAGCGGCGGCGGCAAGGGACGAGGACCGCGGGGUCAGCGCCGAGGGGCCCGCCGAACUGGAGCACUCCUCCACAUGGAGCGCGGAGCUGGGCGCCCAGCGCCUGCCUCUCCAGUUCUUAGAGCAGAAGUAUGGCUAUUACCACUGCAAGGACUGCAACAUCCGCUGGGAGAGUGCGUAUGUGUGGUGUGUCCAGGGGACCAGCAAGGUUUACUUCAAACAGUUCUGCAGAACUUGUCAGAAGUCUUACAACCCUUACCGGGUGGAAGACAUCACCUGUCAAAGUUGUAGAAGAACUAGAUGUUCCUGCCCUGUAAGACUUCGCCACGUGGACCCUAAACGCCCCCAUCGUCAAGACUUGUGUGGGAGAUGCAAGGGCAAGCGCCUCUCUUGCGACAGCACCUUCAGCUUCAAAUAUAUCAUUUAAUGGAUGUAAGAAGUGGUUUAAUGUGUUGAAUGGAACAGACAAGCAAGCCUUUUCUGUCUACCCUUUCCACCUUUCCCUU